AUAUCAGAAAUACAGAGGACGGAAGAUAGACGGAGAGAAAUAGAGAAAUGCAGUGCCCCGAUUUUACCUUCUCAGGGAGCGAUUCACGCUUCUACAUCCCUUCGAGCCCUAGCAUUACCGGCCGGCGACCCAUUACUGGCCACCGAUCUGGUAUUUUCUUUCCUAACACUCUUCCGUGCAAUUUGAUGCGCUUGCCGUCUCUUUCGAUCAGAGCCAAGGCAUCGUUCAACGAAGGAAUUGUCUCCUCCGAGGUUGCCGAUGGCUCCUUCUACGAUUUGCUUGGUGUAUCUGAGUCCGUAUCCUUGGCGGAAAUCAAGCGCGCGUACAAGCAUCUAGCCCGGAAGUACCAUCCGGACGUGUCGCCGAUCGGCUGUGCGGAGGAGUAUACGAAAAGGUUCAUUCGUUUUCAGGAGGCGUACGAGACAUUGUCAGAUCCGAGGAGGAGAGCUCUGUAUGAUAGAGAUAUGGUUGGAGGCCUUCAAGUCGCGUUCUCUGCUUGGAGACUAUACGACGCCGAUCAGGAAGCUCCAGAGAAAAGUGGAUGGAGGAGUUGUUGGCAAUCUCAGAUAUCAGAAUUGAAGAGAAGAAGCAUGAACAAGGAUUCGAGUCAAAAUAUGUCCUGGGGAGCUCGAAUGCGCCGGCAAAUGAAUGAACAGGUCUGAUGGAAUUUUAGACUAUCGAAACCACCAUGUUUGACUUCAGUAUAUUCAUACUGGAGCAACAUAAGUUAAUAAAUAAUACGCCCAAUUUGAUAACAAUAAUUUUGUUGCUAGU